UGGAGGGGCGGGGCCCUAGAGCGUAGGUGGUUAUUGGUAGUGGUCAGGGUCCCUGGCGCGGGGGGUGGGGCGGAGUGGGCGUGGCCUGAGCGCGCCUGCGCAGUCCACUCUACUCGGCAGGCGAAGGAGACGCGCUAGAGGAAAGAUGGAAGACUUCCAGGCCUCAGAGGAGACUGCAUUUGUUGUUGAUGAAGUGAGCAACAUUGUAAAGGAGGCUAUAGAAAGUGCCAUCGGUGGUAAUGCCUACCAGCACAGCAAAGUCAACCAGUGGACCACUAAUGUUGUAGAACAGACUUUGAGCCAACUUACCAAACUGGGGAAACCAUUUAAAUACAUUGUGACCUGUGUGAUCAUGCAGAAGAACGGUGCUGGGUUGCACACUGCAAGUUCCUGCUUUUGGGACAGCUCCACGGACGGAAGCUGCACGGUCCGAUGGGAGAACAAGACCAUGUACUGUAUCGUCAGCGCCUUCGGACUGUCCAUCUGACCACCUUGCCAGCCUCAGCCUCCCGGUCCCAGCAUUUCCAGUCCAUCUUAACCACCAGCUAUGUGGGGCAAACACCUUCCUCUUCUUUAAGUUGUUCUGUGGCACUCUCAAAAUGUAGAGAAAUAAACCAAAUGACUUCCCCGGUCACAGGAACCACACGACGCCAGGCGGAUGAGCAGCCACCUGUCAUCCAGGGUGGGCAGUACCACUUGUCUUAACUGUCUCCUCCAAGGUGCUAAAAACUCAAGUCUGCUAGUGGAAACAUCUCUACUUUCUGAAAUGGUUCAGAUACACUAAUUUUCCAUACUUUAUACUUUAUUAGAAUAAUAAAUUAUUCAAAAUUAAA